AAUGCGUUUUAUCACAUUCACAUGCGAGUCGUAACGUUACUUCUCCAAAAUUUCCCCGUAUUAAUUCUUAAGCAUAAGUGAAAUGUGAAUUGAGUACGUUGCAAACACCAAAUAAUUUUUUUUGUUUAUUAAUAUUUGAUGGUAAGUUAAAAAACAAAUAUUUCUCAAUGACUCCUAAAUUCUAACUUAGUCAUCAUAGUCUGCAUAAUCUUUUUUUUAUAUCGAUAAAAAAAAAAAAUUAAAUAAAAAUUGAACUUUAUUCUAAUUUAUACUACAAAAGCGUAUAUUUUAUUUAUUAUUUAGGAAUAUAUAUACAACCAAAAUUUAAAUUAUGUCUGUUAUUCUUGAAACUACAAUUGGUGAUUUGACAAUUGAUUUGUUUACUGAAGAAAGACCUUAUUGUAAGUAUUUAUCUUUACCUAUAAUCAAUGUUUAAUAUAAUUCACAUUUAUUUUUAAUUUAAUAUUUUCAAAUAAAUUAAUAUUUCAAAAUAUAAUGAAAUAGGAUGCACAGUAAGUAGUUGUAGAAGUAGGUAGUUACUACCUAGUGUAUUAGGUCAGAAUAUGUAGUUUGCUACUAAUGACUCAUUCUGUAAUUUAACACCAAAUAAAAAAACACAUUCUAUAUUACUUUUUCAAAAUAACAAAAACACACCUCACUUUGUUAAAUGCUAAAUAAUUCAAUGAUUGUUACCUAAUGUUUGAAGAUUAUAUUUCUCUUUUUUAUUGAACUGAUAGCGUUGAGAUUUUUGUUUUAAAUUUAUUUUACAUUAAUUAUUGCUAUUAUAUAAGUACUAACUUAAUUCAAACCCUCAAAUUUUAUUUAAUAUCAUCAGAUUAACUGUAUAAUUUUUCUAGUGUUUAAUAUUUGAUCAUUUAACAAAAAAUUCUAAAUUUUGAUUACAUCUUCAAUUUGAACUAUUGGACUUGUUUUUUCUUCAAUUCCUAAGAAAGGUAUUUAAAGUGCAUCAAAUUCCAGAAUAUAAAAUUAAAAACAUCUACAGUUAUUACUUAUUCUAUUUAAAAAAAAUGUGUUGAAUUUUUUAUUUGUUUUUUUUUAUACUUUCAGGCCAUUAAGGCGUUUCACAACUUCUAUUGAGUUCCUCUAUUUAUCAUGGUUAAUAUCUGUCUAGAGUUUUGCUGUUCCAUCUACUAUUUUAGUUUCUGAGUGGAGAGAGGAAUGUAUUGGUUUUACAAUGAUGUUUAUUUUUUUUUCUGUGAACUUUUUACCAGAAAGUUUGCGUCGAUUUUCAAGUGCAACCCUUUUUCUAAAUGGAAACUAGACUGGGGUGGUACUUAAGUGAGGUGGUUUGUUAUUUUCCCUUGGCUUUUCAUAAUAAAUGGAAAAACGGGAAAAUUUACAAAAUGUAUUAUUUUCACAUCGUAAAUAUCACGAUCUUUUAAAACAUGUAUAGCUAAUCUACGCUAUGAAUUGUUUUUUGCUACCAAUGAUUAAUCGUUGCAUACAGAUAUACAUUAAAAUCUCCUCUAUAUCCUAUCUUCUCAACUUCUCACCAGUUAUUAAUUUAUCAGAAUAAUUAAAUUUAUCAAAGAAAUCCAUAAUCAAUUUUUAUUUUUAUUUUAAAUUGUUGUAUGCUUGCCUAAAAUUAAUACAUUUAAUUUUACAAAUAAAUAUUAUUUAAAGUACCAACCAAAAUAUAUAUUUUAACCAUUUUACAGCUUGCAAGAACUUUUUAAAGCUAUGCAAAUUAAAAUAUUACAACUUUUGUCUCUUUCACCAUAUACAAUCAAAUUUUGUGGCUCAGACAGGUGAUCCUACAGGUACUGGAUCGGGAGGAGAAUCAAUUUAUGGGUAACAAAUAUUGUACAUUGUAUGUUGUAUUUAAAGUUAUUAUUUUAUUUCAAUUAUAUUUAGAAUUUUAUCCGGUAAAGAAGCAAGGUACUAUGAAGGAGAAAAAAAACCAAAAAUCAAACAUGAUCGACCAGGACUUGUGUCAAUGGUUCAUUGUGGAAAUAAUUUGUACGUUUCAAAUAUACUGAUUAUCUUAAUUAUUUAAAUGUUUAAAAUUAUUUAAAUUUUUUAGAGUGGGAUCACAGUUCUUUAUAACUUUAGGUGAAGAUACAACUUGUUCAUUAGAUGAACAUAUUGUUUUCGGUGAGAUUGCUGAAGGCCAUGAUAUAUUAUUAAAACUUAAUGAAACAAUUUGUGAUGCUACACAUCGUCCUUAUCAAGAUAUUAGGUUUGAAGUUUUUAUUUAAUUAAAAAUACAUAUCAUUAUAAUAACUGUCUUAAAAUAAUAAUUCAAUAUGAAUACAUUUAUUAUGUUUGUAUAACAAUUAGAAAAUAAUGUAAAUAUAUUUAUUACUGAUUACUAGUAUCUAAUCUAUAAUAAAUAGUUUCAAUUUAAUUAAAUAAAGUUAUAAAAUAAGAGUAAUAUAUAUUAAAUAUAAAGUCUGAUGACAUGUACUUCACACCAUAUUAUAGGUGUGAUAUUAGGAGGUAGAAUUUAGGGUGAUAUAGUUAAAUAUUUCAUGCAGUUGUAAAUAAUUUCACAUGAAAAAAGACACAUUUACUGCCACAGACUAAUUAAAACUAGCUUAAUUUUGAUUUUAGAGAAAAGUACCUAUUAUGAAAUUUAUAUCUCAUAGCUGUUUUGAUUUUUUGUAUUAUAAACUUAAAAAACUAAAAAAAAAAAGGUUAUUGUGACUUUUAUAUCAAUCUGUAUAUUUAGAAUAAUACAAAAACCCAACAAGGUUUCCUCCGAAAUAUUCUUCUCUAUAAAUUUCAACAUAGAUUUUUUUUACUAUGAAAUAAAAAUUAAGCUAGUUUUACUCAGUCUGUGUAAGCAUUAUUUUUGCAUGUUGCUCUGUAGUUGGACUGAAGCAUUAAAUCUGGGUGGGGCAUCCUCUUAAAUGGACUUUAGGAUUUUUGUUUAAUUAAAUUAAUUGCAGAAUAAUUUAUAUUUUUUGUUUUAAUUAAAAUAAUAUAUCAACAAAUUUAACUUCAAAUGAUUUUGCAUUUCUAUAAAUUAAAUUCUGGAGUCUAAGGGAGGGGGCUUAUCCUAAUUUAUUAUUUUAGUCUUAACUGACAGGUAACAUUGUGAAAUGAUAAAUAAAACAAAGAUAAUUAAAAUGUAUGGCUAUUUUAAAAAAAUAUGGCUGUAACUUUUCUAUUUAACAAUAUUUUUGAAAAAAAAGCAAUAUUCUAUUUUCAAAAAUAUUAUUUUCUUUACAUUUUUAUUAUCUGUGUUUAAACCCUAUUAUUUCCAUUAUAACUCUUUAACUUAUGUUUUUAUUUAACAUACAUUUUCUGUGUUUUCCAUUGUUAGAUAAACUGCUACAGUAAAUACAGGUAUAACAUCUACUGUUCUCUUAAUACAAUUCAAAAUAUCAUCUAUACAAUUGAAUAACUCAACAAAUUUAAAUAAUUAUAAAUAUACUUCUGUUUUUUCACUCCUCCCUACCAUAUUGAUAAAAUCAAAAUGAAAACCAAUUAAUUAUGUUUCCCGAUGCAUCAACUUACUACUAAAAACCUCCUCUGAGAGCAAGUCUUCUUCAAUUGAAAACUUGUUGGCAGAUAAAACAAAAAUAAAAAGCACAAUUAUUCUUAGAAUUUAAAAUUCAUAUUAGUAUAACUUAUAUUUAAUAGAAGGAAGUGUUCAAUGAAUAAAGAAAAUUAUUUUUAACUAUAAUUUUAAAAUAUUCUAAUAUAAUCAUUUAAAAUUAUAUUUAUGUGACGGAUUAAUAAACGCAUUAUAUAACAAUAAAUACUUUUUACACAUGAAUAGAAUAACACAUACAGUGAUUUUGGAAGAUCCAUAUUCUGAUCCUGAUGAUUUCAUUAUACCAGAUCGAUCUCCUGAGCCGCCAUUAGAAGUACUUCAGGUAAUUGCAUUUAGCGAUUAACAUGUUUAUAAACAGAUAACCAUUUAACUCUAUUAUAUGCAGGCCCCGAUUAAGGGGGGCAUGGCCCCAGGGCCCUGAAUAUUGUAAUAUUUUGGGCCCCUUGCCUUGGCUGGUUGUACUAUAUAGUCACCAAUAUUUUGAAUAUGUUUAUGGAGCCCUAAAAUUGUUUAGCCCCUGGCCCAAAAUCAUCUUAAUCCGGGCUUCAUUAUAUGUAUUGGUACUACUUAAUAUUGUUUAACUAAUAAUAACAAAACCAUUAUUUAUAUCAUCAUAAGCUUAAGGCUGUUUUUUUUUUUUUUUUUUUAUAUAUAUAUUCAGUAAUAUCCAAUUAUAUUUAUUAUAAUAUUUACUCAAAAUUACUGUAGUGGUGAUUGUACAAUAAGACUUAAAAUUAAAAAGACUAACACUGAUUGGCUCUGGAUAGAAAUAAAUUGUUAGUAAAAUAAAUAAUAGCAGAGUUAAAAAGAGGGGUCAUGGUUUGUAAUGCACAUGAGCUGUAAAAUAGGAGAAUUGGUUAAGAAAUGAGCUGGAGAAAAAGGGAUAUGGAAAAAGACAGAAGAUCAAGUAAAUCGGAAGGAAACUUUGAAGGAGAUUUAAGAUAGGAGACUAGGAGAAUCAGAUUUCUCCAUUAAAAAAUUUGAGAAGAAAGACAAAUUAUAAGCUCGUCUGCAGUUAGCAAGACUUGAGAGUUGUGAAGACUUUGGAUUGGUGAGUAUUCAUGGGACAUGUGAGGAAUGUUUAGCCUAAAAAUGAGGACUCGAAGAAAGCGUCUCUGCACUCUUUCAAUUGUUAAGUUUGCACAUGCAGUUGGGAGAUCCCAUAUGACACAUCCAUACUUGAUGAUAGGUUGAACAAGAGCACAGUAGAGCGUCUUGAGGGGUGGGUGUUGAUUGGAAAUCACAUGUGGUCUGGAGAAGAAAACUUAAAAACUUUAGGGUUUGACAGAAAAGUUGGUGUGAAGAUAAAACCUAGGUCGUGAAUAUCAUAAAGAUAGCGGUGUUCAUAGAAAGAUCAAGUGAUUCAUCUCUAGGCUACUAGUAGGUGAAGGUGGUCUUGUAAGUGACAAUAGUCAUUAAUAAAAGAAAUAUGCAGAUAGAGCUUGUUGUCAUUAGCAAAGAUAAGAAGUUUGGCGUUGUGAAGAACAAAAGAAGCGUAGUUGACAAGAUUUUUGACAAAAGCACCAACCGUUUCAAUUUAAAUUAUAACUAUUAAAUAUUUAAUUAAAAUACAUGAGUGUUGACUUGAAAUACAUUUUUUUUAAAUAAUUUGAUUUAUUAUACAUAAAUACGCUACUUGUUUAUCAUUGCCAUACCACUAGUCUAAAAUAUUCCAUUAUAUAUAAUAUUGAUCAUGUUAAAAAUAUAAUAAUAAAAACAUGUAAGAGUACUGUGUCAAAUGAAUCUUGUCUAUUAAGUUUUGUUUUCAAUAUAAAACAUCAGUUGACAGCCUACUAUAAACUAUACAUUCAAAUAGAUACUUUAACAUGUGUUAAAAGCUUAUAAAUUUCCCAAUACAUUGUAAAUUUUUCAAUACCUAAAGUAGAUUAAAAUAAAUAUGAUCUAACAUAGUCAAUAUUAUAAAGUAAUAAUAAAUUAUAAUUGAUUAUAACUGGCUAGUGACAAGAUAAUAACAAAACAACAGUAUCAGGGGUUUACAUUUUUAUUUUACUCUGGUAGGAUUUUACUAAACAAGUACUAUAAAUAUUUAAAGGUACUUCUACUUUUUAAAUAUAUUGUUUUCAACACUAUCAAUAGUUAUAUUUUUUAUAGAGUGAUAGAAUUGGAGCAGAUGAAGAUAUUACUGAAGAUGUGAAUAUUGAGGAGCUGGAAGAAAAAAGACAAGAAAAGGAAGCUCAAGCUCGUGCUACUAUACUAGAAAUAGUUGGCGAUUUGCCUACUGCUGAGAUAGCACCUCCUGAAAAUGUUUUAUUUGUAUGUAAAUUAAAUCCGGUUACCAGCGAUGAUGAUUUGCAAAUUAUAUUCAGCAGAUUUGGUAAAAUUGUUAGGUAAAUAUUUUUAGAUAUGUUAUAACUUUUAGUCUUAUCAAUAAUUUUUUUUUUUCAAGUUGUGAAGUCAUUAGAGAUAAAAAGUCUGGAAAUUCUCUACAAUAUGCUUUUGUAGAAUUUGAUAACCAAAAAUCAUGCGAAGAUGCUUACUUGAAAAUGGAUAAUGUUUUAAUUGAUGAUCGACGAAUUCAUGUAGAUUUCAGCCAAAGUGUAUCUAAAAUACAAUGGUUAGGUAAAGGACGAGGUAUAAAAUAUAAAGAUAAAAAUGACGAAGGAAAAAACAUUAGUGAUCACUAUUCAAAGAAUCGAAAUAGGAGGAAGGAUAAUGGUGAGACUAGGAAUACUCAUAGUAGAGAUAAAUUAUCUUAUAAUGAUCUUGAUCGUUACAAAAAAGAUGAUAGAAAUUAUAGAAAUCGAGAAAGUGAAAAAGAUAAUAAAUAUAGGAGAAAUGAAAGAGACGAUAAAGAUAGAAAACGGGAAAAAGAUGAAAAAAUAAGAAAAAAUUACAGAGACGAAAAAGAUAGAAAAAGCUACAGAAAUGAAAAAGAUAGGAGAAGUGAACGGGAUGAAAAGAAUAAAAGAAAUGAUAGAGGCAGCAGGGAUAAAAGAAGUGAUAGAGAUGAAAAAGAUAGAAGAAAUAUAAGAAAUGAUAAAAAUGAAAAAGAUAGAAGAGAUAAUGAAGUUAAAAAAAGAGAUAAUGAUCAAAAUGAUGCUAGAAAUUUAAAAAAACAUCAAGAUAAUGGACUUUCAAAACAGAAAAAUAGUAUUUUACAGACUACAAAAAAAUUAGGUAAAGAUAAGUAUAAUAACAAUGAAAAUGAAAUUAGCGUUAGAAAUACAACAAAAAAAGAUGAAAAAAAAUCGCCUAAAAAUGGAUUAAAAAAGAAAAAACGAGAACGGAGUUUAAGUUAUAGUUCUUCUUCGUCUUCUUCUUCAUCAUCUAGUUCAGAUUCAUCAAGCACAUCUACUACUAGUUCAAGUUCUAGUUCUACUUCUAGCUCUAGUCAUGGUACGAAAGUAGUUAAAUACUAUAAUAAAAGAGGUAAACUAGUAAAAGUAGUUAAAAAUCAAGAAACUAGUUCUGAUUCAGACCGUAAACAUAAAAGACGCCAUAAGAAGAAGAUUGUUAAAGUAUAUAAAAGUGUCAAAAGGAAGAGAAGAAGUGUUUCUGAAUCUACAAACUCUUCAUCUAGUGAGAGUGAAGAAGAUAAAAAAAAAAGAAGAAAAAAACAAACUACUAAAAAGAGCAAAAAAGUGAAAGGAGGAAAUGAUUAAAAUAUCUAUCAAGUCCCUAUGUAUUUAAAUAAAUAUUGACAAACUAUUUUUUUAUAUAUUAUAUAUAGAAAAAAUAAAAAUAAUAUUUUUCCAAAUGUCUAUUUUCAUAAAUUCUGUAUUUAAGGCUCAUACAAUAAGCUGUAUGUUUGUAAAUAAUAAUAUUUAUUUUUAUUUUUAAUUUAAGUUUUAAAUACCUUUCUAAGAGCAAUUUAAAAUGUUAUUGUUUAUAUUGUGUUAUUUAUAUUGCAUACAAAAAAAAAAAAAUUGUUUCAUAUCAUGUGAC